AAAAAAAAGUGUCAAUACAAUAAAAAGGCACACAGAUUCUGUGUGAUUAAAACAAACAAACGAACAAUUUAGAAGUCUAUAUAAAUAGCAAUACUUCGCUCCACCUUUGGACAAACGGCUGUUCAAUAUUGUAUUCUACUUAUUUUAGUACUAGUCUUUUUCUGAUUGGCAUCUGGGUUUAGCUUCGAAGUUUCAAUAUGAAUAAUCACAACUCCAUGGCCGUCAAUAACAACCCAAUAAUUACAACCACCAACACCACCGAUACCACCAGCAACAACCAGCCACCGGCCCCAAGAAGAGUGCCUUCGGUGACGUUUGCACCCUUUCCAGAAAUCAGUCAAAAGCCCCAUCUUCCUUCUAUCACCAGAUCAAGGUCUUCCAGUCACACCAGUACCUUGGGUAACCCGGUGAACCACGAUUACUAUAGCGACAAUAAGAGAAACCAUUCGUUAUCGGUGUCUUCGGUGAACUCUGUCGAUUCAAACAACUCUUCCAUUUAUAACCAAUUCGAUCAGUUUGAAAAAGAUGAUAAGAAUUACUUUUAUCCUGCUUCAAAGGGGAAGAUCAGACUCAUGGACGAUGUUGAUUUGGAAAACCAAUUGAUCAUCACCGCCGGGGGGAAACGAGAACAUGUCAUGGGGUUUUUCUGUAAAUUACUCUUCCUCAUGUUUAUCGUUUUUGGUUCUGGGAAACCUCCGCAAGAGGAUGAUGGCAAUUCUGCGUUAUUAUCGAGAUUCAAUCAAAUUCUAGAAUCAAAAAUUGAAGACUCUACUCCAAGCUCAUUGGUGGAUCACGACCCCAAACUUCGGGAAAUGUAUCAAAAUUACUCUACGAAUGAUUCGAAAGAUAAGGCUUUCCGUAGCAGUCAUCAGGUUCAAUUGGGGUUAUUGAAAAGUGAACCCCUUUUAAAACAUAAUAACCAUGCAAGAGAUAUCGCUGAUACCAUCACCAAUAAACCUUGGGAUGGUAAAGAAUCUAGUUAUGAUUCCAAUUUGAGAAUGAUCAUAGACUCCAAGCCUCCGCCUAUUGCCAUGACCAAACAAUCAAAUCGUAUCAUGACUCCUCCUUUAAAUGCAAAAGAUCGUUUAAUAAAUGCUAAAGAAUCAAGUUUAGAUUAUAAAGUUAAAAAAAAUGAUGAUAAAUCAGAUAAAGAAAAAGAUGAUGACAAUUGGCGGGAAUUAUAUCGAGAAAGAUUGCUAGGUCCAUCCAUGUUAAUCAAUUCUGCUAGUCCUAACACUACAUUGGGUCUUAUUAAUAAACUAAGCGAAUCGGCAAUUAAUAGUUCUAUCAAUCAACAAACUGGUCAGUUUGAUUCUCCCAAUAUGGCCUCGGUUAGAGGUAAACCUUUAGACCGAAACCAUUUGGCAAAUAGUACCGAUUCAAACUAUUUUAUUAACCAAAUUUUAAAUAAACAAGAAAUACUACCUCCUUGGAUUGAAAAUCAACAAGGUAUUGAUCGUGAAGCAAAUGCUUUUAGACUUGAUCUAGAUAAAAAAUGGUUUAAUUCAAUAUUCAAUAAAUUGAAAAUCGAUUUCAAUACUAAUAAAACUUUGAUUCUAAAUCAUAUCAAUUCGACUAAUUUACAAAAUUAUUACUUACUUGAUUUCCAUAAUAAACAAUUACCUUUUGUCAUUGCUAAAACUAAUUUAAUCAAUAAAUCAAUUAGAGAUUAUAACUUGCAGUGUCCAAGUACAAGUUUACACAAGUUUAAAUUAGUAGCAGAAAACGAAUUGAAGAAAUCUUUCGAAAGAGUUACUAAUCAAUUGGAUCAAUUGGUAAGAGAUUGGUUUCAACAAGAAGAAUACGCCCGUAUCAAAGGUAACAGCGAAUUAUUAAAUUAUAAUAAAAAUAUGGACUCGGGUGGUUCUGGCUUGUUUGGAUUAUUUGAUUCCGGACCUGGAGGUAGCUCUGGUUCGACUUCUUCAAAUUAUCGCUUACAAGAUCCAAAUUCAACAAACGAUUUACGUAUUUGGCAAUCAAUAAAGGACAUGUUUAAAUCAUGAAUUUGUUUAUAUAUAUGUACACUGUAUAUAAUAAUUAACGUUUUGAAUGAAUUAAAAUAACGGC